CAUGGGCCUGGCUUAUUUGUUGCCAUGAUGUUGGCGUGCGGACUCCGAUAAAGUAUGUCUGAUAUGUUUCCAGGUGCAAGAUAUCGUCCGAUGGCUUGGGAGGUGUUCUGUCGCAGGUUGGGUUGCUGUCGCGGUGGUCUUGGCGGUCUCCUUUGUGUAACCUCGCUUGAUCGGGCGACAGCAGAUACCAGCGUCUCCUCGAAGCAGAGAUGUGGAAUUCCAUCUGGAAAACCACCGUCAAUGAGAUCGAAAAAUACAGGAUAAUACGGAAGUGGACUGUUUGGUCUCGAUGUGUCGCUCUCUGGGAUCGAUCCACCUUGGCUUGAGACCACUCAAGACUGUCGGAGUUCGUGCACUACAACCUCGAGCAUACCACCUGUCGCAGCAUCGAUCCUUCGUCACAUCAAAUCUCAGAUACAAGUGUGACGUUGAAGCAGAGCCACUUCAUCGAUACAGAUCUGGAGGCUACCAUCCGGUACGUCUAGGCGACGCCUUCAAAAAAGGAAGGUACAAAGUCUUGCAUAAGCUCGGCUAUGGAGGGUUUUCGACAGUAUGGAUAGCACGAGACCAGAGCUUGAAUCGGAAUGUCGCUUUGAAAAUCGUGACAUCUGAAAACUCGUCCUCCAUAAAUCGCGAGCUUUGUACACAUCGGCGAUUGUUAGAGAACAGCGUCCCGCCAAUGAACGACCACAAGCAUAUCGUACGCUUACUAAAUAAUUUCGAACAUCCUGGACCUAAUGGUAUGCACAUAUGUCUUGUCUUAGAGCUUCUCGGGCCUAGCGCGGCUACUGUGAUCGAUCAACGAUUUGCCGGCAAUCGACUCCCUGGAUUUACGGCAAAGAAGGCAUGCAAGGAAAUAGCUUUGGCACUGGAGGUCUUACACGCGCAGGGCAUCGGCCAUGGAGAUCUGCAUACCGGGAAUCUCGCAUUCAUGAUACCAGGGUUGAAGUUACUUCCAGAGGAGGAGUUAUCCAAGAAGCUCGGAAAGCCCAGAGUAGGUCCUGUCAGUCGUCCAGACGGUGAACCUCUGGAACCUGGAAUGCCAGAUUACCUAGUGUGGCCUGCUCGCCUGCCCGCGAACGACCCAAACUUCGAGAAGAGCUCUGUGAAACUCAUCGACUUUGGUGAAUCGUUCAUGUCGGACAACAAAGCGGAAACCCUACAUACUCCGCUGGCCUUGCGGGCUCCCGAGGUACUGUUUCAGGACGAAUAUGAUCUUCGAGUGGAUUGCUGGUCACUAGGCUGUACUAUGUUCGAACUGGUCGUUGGACAGCCGCCGUUCAGCAGUCUCAUGGCAAACAAGGAGGACAUUCUCCAACAGAUUGCAGACUUGAUCGGUGAACCACCCGAAAAAUGGCAAUCACAAUGGAAGGCCAUGCCGAAAUGGGAAGCAUGCGAGGAUGAUGGUCCAAUCUAUAAACUAAGUCAAUGGUUAGAUCUGUUGUACUUUGACAGCAAUGCCUCUCCUGAUUUUACCCAGCAGGAGCUUGCACAGUUCGGCAGGCUGAUCGGUAGAUUGUUACGGUGGAACCCUGAUGACCGGCCAUCAGUGACAGAAGUCUUAUCGGAUGAGUGAUUUCAAGACUGUUAGUGGAGAGGUGCAGGUAGAGUAUAUCCUGCUUUGACCACACCUCCGCACUUGAGUGAGUUUGUAUGCCCAACAUGCCGAAAUUCCGCAUGUG